AUAUUGCCAACGGUUAACAACAACGUUAGUGUUACUUCGCUCGCUGCGUGUGAGAAGCUUUAAUAAUACUACGAAGAUGUACGUUCAUUUUUAUCCCACUUGAUGCUCUUUAACGUGAAGUGUGAACGUAACUAAUAUAUGUGUAAUGUCAUUCUGCUCGUUUGCCAUUUGGUUCAGUUACCGUUCGUAAUUACGCGAGAAAUGUUCCUAGUGCGAGAUGCGUUGAAUUGAUUUUUCCCGCCGUCAAAUUUUCGUAAUCAAAUGUAGUUUUUAAUUACGUGUUUUAAAAUAGAAAUCGCUACGUAAUAACGACAGGAUGGAUGUAAAGGAGAAGAGUCCGCCCGUGACCACCAGACCAAAAAACUUUCUUGAUAAUUUCCUGACAUGUCGACGAGUACUAAACAUUAUGGUAUUUCUUGGCUUCAUGGUGAACUACAUGUUAAGGGUAAAUUUAAACUUCGCCAUCGUCGAUAUGGUUUUCAGGCCGGAUACUUCGAAUGAUACCAUCUCAACCACGUUACCAACCAUUUUCGAUUCAGAUAAUCAUACCAGACUGACUCGAAGUCUUUCGAAUGCAGAACUCGCUUUGGAAGAUGACGAAGAAGACGACGACGCUGAAGACGACGCCAGAAAAUUCAGAAAAAAUAAUUUCGUCGGUACAAACGCAGCCGCACCUAAACCAUCUACUACCUCUCAGAAUAAACCACCGAGCACAGGGUUCCAGAGUUUCAACACUGGUUCGAACCUGAAUUCACCCGGUGCCUUUCAAUCCUCUAGUCAAUCCAACGGAUUCCAGUUCUCAGGUAGUGGUUCUGCUGGAAAUCCAUCCGGAGGCUUUAAAAGCUUUAGUAGCGGUUCUGGAGCAAAUCCAGGUGGUGGAUUUCAAUCAUUCAGUUCUAGUUCUGGAGCAAACCCAGGUGGUGGAUUUAAAUCACUUAGCUCUAGUUCGGGAGGAAACCAAGGUGUAGGAUUUCAAUCAUUCAGCUCUAGUUCCGGAGGAAACCAAGGUGCAGGAUUUCAAACCUCCAGCGGUGGUUCAGGAACCAGUAAUUUAUCCAGUGGAUUUCAAUCUUCCGGCAACCAGUUCAGCGCCGCAGCAUCUGAAACAUCUCAAUUGAACGGUAGCUCGAAAUCGAGUAAUUCCAACCCAUCGUCACCUGAUUCUUCCAAUAGCCAGCAGUUCAAUGAACCCAUAGUUCAGCAAACCAAUCUUAAAAAUGAAUUACAAACGCCUCCUGGUACUGGUCAAAGUAACGGUGGUCCAGUUUCCAAUACUUCUGACCAAAAAGUUGGCUUGGCUGCUAAUUCUCUAGAUGAUUCAAUUCUUGGCGAAGAAAAUAGUAAUGGUUCUCGCAUUUUAUUCGCCGGAGGGUCGAAUAAGGCGUUGCCUGAGGUGGCAAAUGCAAAAUUGGAAGACGAACUGCAAUCUAGUGGAAGUACUGCUGCUCCUCAAGGAACGAAAAAGAAGAAGAGGAAACGUUAUCAAAAACCGAAUGUACGACGAUUCACGUGGAGCGAAGCUCAACAAGGGUACUUGAUCGGAAGCUUUUUUUGGGGAUACAUUUUAACCGAAUUACCCGGAGGUAGAUUGGCUGAGAUUAUCGGUGCGCGGAAAGUUUUCGGAUAUGCUACUUUGGGAGCUUCAGUAGUUACUCUAAUGACACCGAUGUGUGCUAAAAUACAUUUCAUACUGAUCCUCAUUAUCAGAAUAAUGCUCGGAUUGUUCUUGGGUCCAACAUGGCCUUCAAUAUUACCAUUGGCUGGCAAAUGGAUUCCCAUGGAUGAACGGGGCAAAUUUUUAUCCAAUAUGAUGGGUUCAACUUUAGGAGCCGGUUUUACAUUACCUAUAUGCGGCUACAUAAUCGACACUUUCAGCUGGGAAUACGUAUUCUACAUAACUGGCUUAUUGGGCUUCAUUUGGAGCGUAUUAUGGUUCCUGGUAGUUUUCGAGACACCAGCCGAGCACCCUCGUAUUACACCCGAAGAGCGAUGGUAUAUCGAAUCAAGGCUCGGUCUCAAGUCUUCCAAAAGCCCUAACAAUAAUCACAACAACGAAGAAAAACAAGUAGCCCAAGGACUGAUUGUAAAUCCGGGCGAUGAAUCUUGUCUUAGCGAUAAUGAACAAAAAUCUUCAGACGAAUGUCGCAACUAUUCCACUUUCGCUCGUAAUGGCGAAGUCAACAAUGGCAAUUCAGAUGGUAAAGCUACAUCUCGAGAUAAAUCCUCGACAGGAUCGAUUGCUGACACGAAUGGCGAUACGUUUAAAAAAUCAACUUCAAAUGUUACCGAUAAAAGCUUAGUGGCUGCUUCAAAUAAUUCAAAUAGCGAUAUAAAUACCACCAAAAAACAGAGCGGUCAUGCGAGAGCUCCUUGGUUACAUAUCAUCUCAUCUAUUCCAGUUUGGGCGUUUGUCCUUACUCAUGGAGCUAGUGUGUUCGGAUAUAACACGAUUACAAAUCAGUUACCCACUUUCAUGGAUCAUAUUUUAAAUUAUGAAAUUAAAGAAAAUGGAAUUUUAUCGAGCUUUCCUUAUAUUGGAAAAUAUAUUGCGGCUUUGAUCGGUGGAACUGUAGCCGAUAAGUUAUUAAGGUCUUCCAGGUUUACGAAGAAUUUUGUUCGUAAACUUUUAACCACUAUAGGUGUUUUCAUACCAGGAUGUUUAAUGUUAUUCCAAAUUUUCGUUGGAAGUGAUAAAACAUUCUCAAUUUUUGUUUUUACCGCAGCACUGACUGCAAAUGGUGUUGUAGUUGGAGGAUAUUUAGGCAAUUCUCUUGAUAUAGCUCCUAGUUUCUCAGGUACUGUGUUCGGUUUGGGAAACAUGUUCUCCGGUUUGAGCGGAGCUGUAUCAGCACUUUUGGUUGGAUAUUUGACUGAUCACAACCAAGUUUAUGGCCAAUGGCAAAAAGUAUUCCUCAUCGUUGCCAUAACUUACAUAUGUGGAGCAUUGAUCUUCUUAAUAUUCGGUUCGACCGAAGUACAACCUUGGAAUUACUCUUCCGAACAACAAAAAAAGAAAAACGAGAUGGAAAGUGACUUAGACGAAGAAACUGGAAUAUUACAAGCGACUCGAAAACGAAGCUCACUCUCAUCAGUCCUCCGUUCUUACGGCACCGAAGACGAAUGGGACACCUCAAGCUACCUGAGUGGCCCAGACUCAGCCAACAAACUACGAAAAAAACGCCACCGAAGAACCACUCGCCCCGAGACAGAAUCCGAAUCUAUCGAUUCGUCUGCUCGUAAAAAACACCUUAGAUUCGAUACUCAAAGCCACGAGAUAUCUACUCUAAAACCUCUUAUGGGCGAUCAGCAUCACGACAGUGACACUCUCAGUGUCAGUAGCGAUUACGCCGAGAGGGAUAGGCCUAAAAGACGACUAGAGGAACAAGCGGUAGUACACAUAGAAGAGGUUAAACUAAGGAAACCUCGUAGCGAACGAGACAAUAACGAAGAUUACUUGUUGAGUAUUAAAAAAAGAGCUUCGUAUAAGGAAGCGAUUGAAAACGGAAGUCAUUCAGAUUAUAGCUACGAUUCCGAGAAUAAAACUCGUUCGCCGUCGAUGAGGCAGCACGGCGAACGAAAAAUUAAAAAUCGAUCUGAUUCUAAUGAAAGCGAGCAAACGACCAGUCGAAUAAAGAAAGAUACACGUAAACGAAACAAUCAAGAAGAACAAAUUUCACCCAGCGAAACGAGUAAUGAGAAAAAAACACGUAAGAGUAGGCAUAAAAAUCGGAAAACUCGCGAAGACGAAGAAUACAAUACGGAUGAAAAUGAGAAUACCGUCGACGACGACGAUUACCCAGUUACCAAAAGCAAUAAACGCGAAGCUUAUUCAAAAAAACUAAAGUCGCCCACUUCGCAGCAAUCAACCAGCACCGAAAGCGAUAGCGACAAUAAUACCCAAAAUGGCUCGAGAAAAAAAUCCAGAAAAUUUCACAUUAUCGACGCAGCGUCGUCUCAUCUGCGACAUGUGUCGAGUAAGUUAUACCCUAAAAGCACAAAAAAAGAAGAAAAAUCGCUCAAAAAUGAUCCUCAAUCGAGUACUAGCUCGAAUCAAAAUACAAGUCUAGAUCUAAGCCCGACCAAAGGUGACGAUGAUACGAAACCAGAAAGAAAAUUCAAUCUGCCGUUAUCAUCUGAGCCUGAGUCAACAAUCAAACAUACUUCGAGUUCUCCUUCAUAAGGAAUUCUCUAUCUAUAGGUACCUUAAGUCAAUCCAAUAUAUUAACAUUCCAAUCCUUUGAAACGUGUGUUCCUCUUCAAUAUAAAUGUAGAAUUUUAAUCAAUUGUUAUAUAAUACUCGUAUUUUAUUUCCAUUUGAGCUAAAUUGUCAAGUACCUACCUAAGUACCUCGUGCAUCGUACAACGUACCUAUCUACCGAGGAUGUGUUCUGAAUUCAUCCAAGUAGGUACUUAUGUUAAUUUAAUUCGUAAAUUUAUUGCUCAUUAUGAUUUAUGACAUUUUUAUUUUGAUACGAUAGUAAAUGUUACUAUGAAUAAUAUCUACCUACCCGAAAAAUCAUUAUAUUUUUUUAUCCACCGUUUAUAAAUUCCAAUAUUUUGCAUUUAUUUAAACAGUAAGCAAGUUAUAAUUAGGAAAUUGUAGAUAUUUUACCAUCGUUUGGAGUUUAUUACUUAAUUACCUAUAUGCGUACAGCUGUUGUGCAUUUUAUACGGAUUUUUGUUGUAACUUUACUUACAUAUCAAUAUUUUUUUAUGUUAUUUUCCUUCAGAUGGGCCAGUAAAAAAAAUAUAAUUAUAUGCCUGCUUAAACUUUAAUAUCAGCAAAAUGAAAAGUUGAUAGUAACAAGACAUUCCUCAUUAAAAAACGAAGAUUUAAAUCCAUCUACUGUCAGAUGUCCCGAUUUCGGACACCAUGCCCUAAUUUUGGAUACCUACUUACCUACCUUUUUGUACAAUUAAUAAAGUAGACACUGAAAACAGAAAAAAAAUGAAAUCUGAAACACAUUUUUUAGAAGAAAAUGGUUUACUUGGGGCAAAUUUUUAAUUUUUUUUUAUAUCUAGGUACUGAACUUGUUUUAAAAAUAAUUUCCGAAAUUAAAGCAUGACCUCCAAAGUUGGGAUAUUUGGCAUUAUCUAGGCUUCUAUAAGGCUUUAAGUUAUUAGAUUGCAUUUAUUAUACGAUUGUGACUGCAAUCAUUCGUUUCAUAUUUUGAAAUACCUAAAUACUUCAAAGAAAAUGUGAAAAAUUUGGGUUCUCGAGAUGGUUUUUAUUAAAGGGAAAUAGUUACUUUGAAAUUUGGGGUUUUUAAAAUGAAGAAUAAGUGAAGUUCAAAAAAUAACAAUCAAACUUUGUAGGUACGUAAUAAUUUCCAAAAAAAAAAAAAAAAAAAAAUGCAGUAUCUAAAUUCAAGUUUUUUUUACAAGGAAAUAAUCUAUGUUUAAAAGGAAAUUUGAAUGAUCCCUAUAAGAAUGCUUUUCUUCCUACUGGAAUCAGAAUUGACUCUUGAAACGUGAUUGUAGUUGAACUGUGAGCAGAAAUAACGGAUUUUUGGAACAGUAACUGACCCUGUGGUCAAUUUAUGUAAUUUUGGACCAUCUUUGGAGAAUUAAAAUCAAAACCCUGUAUUCAGAAUCCAGAUAUCUACCUACUUCAAUUUUUGAUCGAGUAAAUGCUUCUUUCUUGUGAGCUGCUUAGGUAUUAUCUAUUUGGGUAUUUCAGCUUUAUUAAAUUAAAUGAGUGAAAUAGCCUUCUAGAUUUAGCUCGCUUCAAGCUAACUUGAAGCAUUCCCCAAAAAAUAAUUUUCAACAAGCCAUUUAAACAAUAUUUUUUCAGAUUUUUAAUUUUUUUUUUCAAUUUUAAUAUGUAUUUACUUAGCUUUUUUGACUAGCCACUUGACGAAAAAUUCUAAAGCUAAAUAACUUUUCUUGAAAUUUUACUAGCAUCUUGAAAUUCUUGGGGUUGUUUAAUUAGAAACUUAUGUUCUAUCUACUCGUAUUUUUACGUAUCAACCUAUGCAAACGUAUGGGAAGAGAAAGGACGUGUACAGUACACGAAUGCUUAUUUUAUUACGGGUAAUUUUUCCUCUUUUUUUUUGUACUUUUUAAUCAAUUAUUAAUUUUUUUUGUAGUUUUACUAUUGAAAUUUUGUUGAUCUUUUGUUAUCAUAAUUAUAAGGUUGUUACAGUUGUGCUCUUUGGAUGGUUAAUCUACCGUACCUACAUAUUUUACCUAUUUCUCAAUAAAUUUUUCAUUUCUAAAA